GCUGAGCGGUGCAUUAUGGGAGAUGUAGUUUUCGGUGCCGCAGUGCCCAUUCAGCGCGUCCAGAGCGGAACUACAGACAGGACCCCGCCGCGCUGUGUAGUGCCGUCUGUCUGUCUGUCCGCUACAGUCUCGUGCCUGUUUUAUCCGCUGUUCAGCGACCCGGAACCGGACAGCAUGCAGGCGGAGUCCGGGAUCGUUCCGGACCUGGAGGUCGAUGAGGAGUUUACAGAGGAACCGAAAAUUUAUUACGAACUGAAGAGUCAACCAAUCAAGCACAGUACACCUCCAUCAGAUCAGCGGUGUUCUCUCUCUUGUCUAUCUUCAUCUCGUGUCCUUCUGCGUCAACAGUUGAUGCGUGAGCAGCUUCAUGAUCAGGAGAGAAGGGAGAAGCAGUUUAGAUGCCAUGCCUCCCCAUAUGCCCCGCCCUCCUCAACGCAAAGCUCUAGCCCAUACCUCACUCAGAGUUCUGCCAUUGAUGUCAGCACCCCUGUGGCCCCGCCCACCACUGCACUUGUGCCCCCUGAAGUGCUGAGGGUGAAGACUCAUUUAGAAAACCCUACUAAGUAUCACCUCCAGCAGGCUCAGAGACAGCAGGUGAAAGCAUACCUGUCAACCACACUCGGCCCAUUUCCCAGCAUGCCCUGUGCCACUCAGGCCUCUGACCCCGGGGCAAUUCCAGCUGGUCAGGUGAACAGCGCCCCCAACAGCCCCAUGGCUUUACUCACCCUCAACUCCACCUGUGAGAGAGAGAUGGAUGAUGUAAUUGAUGACAUCAUCAGUUUGGAGUCAAGUUACAGCGAUGAUAUGCUGGGGAUGCCGCUGGACCCCGCCCUUCAUAUGGCCAACACGAUCCCAUUGUCAGUGAAUCUGAUGGAUGUUUAUAAUGAUCAGAGUUUAGCUCUGCCCGCUGUCUCCAUCAGCACUUCCUGUCCUGAGAACCUGCCCAACAUCAAAAGGGAGUUCUGUGAUGCAGACGCUCGUGUUCUUGCAAAGGAACGACAGAAAAAAGACAACCACAACCUGAUCGAGAGGAGACGGCGUUUCAACAUCAACGACCGCAUUAAAGAGCUUGGCACUCUCAUCCCCAAAUCCAACGACCCGGACAUGCGCUGGAACAAGGGCACUAUUCUGAAGGCCUCAGUGGACUACAUCAGGAAGCUGCAGAGGGAUCAGCAACAUGCCAAAAAGCUGGAGACCCGACAAAAGAACCUGGAGAUCGCCAACCACCACCUGAUGCUGCGGGUACAGGAGUUGGAGAUGCAGGCUCGAGCUCAUGGACUCAUGCCCUCACCUCUCUGUUCUCCAGAACAUUCUGCUUGUCCAGUCAAACAGGAGCUGAUACUGGGUGAUUGCGACAUGCCCAAAAAUGGCCACAUCAUGACCUCUGACCCUGGGGCCUAUGGGGUCAUGGCCAAGACAACAGGUGCAAAACUAGAAGACAUGCUGAUGGAGGAGACAGAGCUGCCAUUAACAACAAGCCUUUCACCAAAGAACAGCAGCAGCAAGAGUAGCAUUAGCAUGGAGGAGCGCACAUGUUAGUACUUCCUGGUCUGACAUCAGCGAUGCAUAUUUUAUUUUCUGAAGAAGCACUUCUUGCUUUUCUAUAUUUACACUAGUUUUAUUUUAUAUUAAACGAUGUAUUGUAAGCAUUUUAAGUUUACUUUGAAAUCAGUAAAAUUAAUCAGUAGAGUCAAACAGAAUUCCAGUUUAAUCUAGUUGGUGAUGAUUUGAAUGUGAGUGAUUAAUAACUUCAUUAGCAUGUUAGCUGUAGAUAAACACCGAGUCUAGACAUCAGUAAUAAACUCAUCCUCCUCAGCACAGAACCUCGCAGUCACACUGCACUUUAACAUCGUUUAUAGAGACAUUAGAUUAGACGCUGCAGAGACGUACAACUUCACCGUCAUGGUUUAGGCAGAAUGUGAAUGUUUAGAGCAUUAAUUUAAAAUGUAUUGUGUGUAGAAUUUAAUUUCCACAGGUCCUGUUUAUAGUGAAUUUAUCUUCCAAACACACAGCUAUUUAUCUGCUCCUGACUGUAAAGUUAAUGCUCUGAAGGAAAACUUGAUUUCAUUGUCUGAUAAAUUAGUGCAAUAAAGUUUGUUUAUUUAUGAAUGAAUGUAACCUGACAGUUUUACUCAUUAAAGCCAAG